AUAUAAAAGAAGGUGGCUCUCAGUCCCAUCGUAUAAACGCGCAGCCGUGUCGCCGAUCCGCCUGCUCGGUUCCCAUUGUUUUUGGCGGGCAAAACCAGCGAGCUUUUCAAAAGAGGAAGAGAAGCCAUUGAGAGAUGCAAAAAGAUAAAUAGGACAGCACUGAGAGCGGUUGAGGUUUACUCUGCAAGGGUUAGGGCUUCGCGGUAUGGAAAUGGAUGAUAGCGGCGUUAUGGUCAAGCUUUCUGUACUCGGGAAGCGUCCUGGUCGACGCAAGAAGAACGAGAACGGGGACCCUGAGUUCAGGCUGCGGGGAGCGGCUGCGAGGUGUUUAGAUGACGGCGAGGCCGUCAAGGUGAUCUCUCGGCGGAAGAGGGCCUCCGCCAGGCCAACGGCAUUGGAAGGAUCAAGUGGAGAGAUGGCUACGGCGAUAAGGAAACCUGUGUUCAAGCCAUCGGGGAAGGCCGAUCGUAGGAGGAAACGGGGGAAAGAGCGCGAUGCAGUUAGGGGCGAGGAGAAAGGAUCGAAACAUGUGGAUGGAUUAAAGUUUAUAAAUGGUGAUGCCGAAGAGGAGAAAGAGGGGAUUGCGGAGGGGGUUAAGAAGCGGAAGAGAAAGUCUGCAAACAAUGAGAAGAAUGUUCAUAAGACGAAGAUCUUGGCAAGUCCAAAUGCCAAGGGAAAUUGUUCAAACAAUGAGAAGGAUGGCGUUGUUCGUAAGAAGAAGAUGCUGAAAGGUGAUGAUGCGUUGAUGUGCCAUCAAUGCCAAAGGAAUGAUAAGGGAGAUGUGGUAUGGUGUCAAGCUUGCCAAAGGAAGCGGUUUUGUUACCCAUGCAUGAAGAGAUGGUAUCCCCACUUGAAGGCAAAGGACUUUGCUAUAAAAUGCCCUGUUUGUCGGUUCAACUGCAAUUGUAAAUUGUGUUUGCGCAUGAUGGGCAUCACUGCGCCCCCAAAAAGGGACAUUCAGGAGGAUGAAAAAAUACAACACUUUUUGUAUGUUCUGCGUCUGUUGCUGCCAUGGUUCAAGGAAUUUCGGAAAGAGCAAAACACAGAAAAAGAAAUUGAAGCAAUUGAAAAAGGUCUUGCAUCAAGUAAAAUAAAGAUACAAGAAGUUCCUUGCGAGAACGAUGAGCGUGCAUAUUGCAAUUACUGCAGUACAUCAUUGGCAGAUUUCCAUAGAAGCUGCUCUAGUUGCUCCUAUGACCUUUGCUUAUCUUGUUGUCGAGAUCUUCGUGGAGGAUGCCUACUUCAGCAACCUGUAAAGCAAGGUAGUGCAAGUACCUACUUUGCUGAAGAUCAAGUAACUGAACCAAUGCAAUGGAAAGCCAAUGCUGAUGGUAGUAUUCCUUGUCCGCCAAAGGAAAUGGGUGGUUGCGGUAGUACUAUAUUGCAUCUCAAAUGUAUAUUUCCAGAAGAUUUGUUGUCAGAGAUAGAAUUGAAGGCUAAUAGGAUUCUUGAACACCAAAGCAUCGAACAUGGAAGCCCUCCUCAUGACAUUGUUCAUUGCCCUUGUUUAGAUUCAUCAAGAAUGAUUGAUUUUGGCAUAAAUACACUAAGAAAAUCUGCUUCAAGGGAAGGCUUUGAUAAUUAUUUAUACUGUCCAAGUGCAAAGGAUACUAAGAGUAGAGAAUUGGAACACUUUCAAAGGCAUUGGGCUAAAGGUGAGCCUAUUGUUGUUCGUGAUGUUCUUGAUAUGACAGCUGGAUUGAGCUGGGAACCAAAGGUUAUGUGGCGUGCUUUGCGGGAGAAAAAGAAAACGGUUAAUUAUGAGAAUUUUGAAGUAAAAGCUAUCGAUUGUUUGGACUUCUGCGAGGUUGAAAUUAAUAUUAGUCAAUUUUUUAGAGGGUAUUCUGAUGGCCGAUUUCAUGAAGAUGGUUGGCCUGAAAUGCUUAAGCUUAAAGAUUGGCCUCCAUCUAGUUCCUUUGAAGAACGUUUACCACGUCAUGGUGUUGAAUUCCUUUCCGCGUUACCUUUUCAAGAAUAUGCAAAUCUUCGAGAUGGUCUUCUUAAUAUUGCAGCGAUGUUGCCUGAAGGUGUUUUGAGGCCAGACCUUGGGCCAAAGACAUACAUAGCUUAUGGAUUUGUGGAGGAAUUAGGCAGAGGGGAUUCUGUUACUAAACUUCAUUGCGACAUGUCUGAUGCGGUGAAUCUAUUGACACAUACUGCAGAAGUUUCCCUAUCAAAGCAGGUGCUUUCCAAAAUUGAGAAAUUAAGAAAGAAAAAAGUGGAUGCUCUAAAAAUUCCCACUGAAGAAAAACUUGUUCAACAAAAUUGUAAUGAUGUUCAGAUCUUAAAUUCAGAGGCGACAACUUUGAAACAUGACUGUUUAAUUGAUAAGGUUAAUUGCAAAAUAAACUUUGAUAAGAAUGUUGAUAGUGCCGUGCUGGAGAAAAAAUGUGAUAUUGAGAUCAAAUCGGAUCUUGAGGCUGUGAAAUCAAAUAGCGCUUUGGAAGGACCUGAAAAAGAUGAGAAAACAGUUAACAAGAAUGUUAUUUCUUAUUUUCGGAAGAAGGGUAAACCCCCAAGAUAUUCUGAAAAGCUUUGUGCUGGAAAUGUUAAGCCCUCAUCAUCUGUAUCCUCACUUGAAUCUGAAUCUGUGAAACCUACGAGAAAGAAAAAUAGGAAAGGGCCUCUUGCUCAAGGAUUUGAACAUUUUGCUGCCAUAGGGAAAACGAGUAGGGCAAAAGAGGUCAAAAUAAAUGGGAAAGCUAACAAGGUCCGAGUACAGAAGCAGCACACUAUUCCAAAUGGUUCGAUCAAGGAAAAAAACCAAGAAGGUGGUGCCUUGUGGGAUAUUUUUCGAAGAGAAGAUGUUCCCAAAUUAGAAGAAUAUCUUAGAAGGCAUUAUAAGGAAUUCAGACAUUUUAAUGAUUCUCCUAUAGAGAAGGUUUAUCAUCCUAUAUAUGACCAAACUUUCUAUCUAACAAUGGAACACAAAAUGAAACUCAAGGAUGAAUAUGGAAUUGAGCCUUGGACUUUUGUUCAGAAGCUUGGAGAGGCUGUAUUUAUCCCUGCUGGAUGCCCACAUCAGGUUAGAAAUCUUAAGUCCUGCAUAAAAGUUGCACUCGACUUUGUGUCUCCGGAAAAUGUUCAUGAGUGCAUCAAGCUGACAGAAGGAUUCCGCCUGCUUCCCCAGUUCCAUAGAGCCAAUGAGGACAAGCUAGAGGUGAGGAAAAUGGCUCUUCAUGCUGUUGUCAAAGUUGUGAAUUAUUUAGAAGACAAAUACAUUCCUCAAGAGAACAAAACUGGUGUGUGACAUCCCAAGCCUGGACUGAUAUAUCUUGGAGGAAUGUUGAGGGGUGAACAUGAUAACGUUUUUGCUUUCACUGUUGAUUACCGUUUGCCCUUUUGUUUUUUGGCAUGAUCUUAAUGCUGCUUUUGUAUUUUGUUAUGGCUGUCGUUCAGCAUAUUUUUGUGAACAAUCUGGCAAAUCUCACCUUCCAAAGCCUGCAUUUGUGAAAGCAUGAUUUUUCUACAUUUAAAAGUGAUAAAUACCUAUCAGGAAAUUACAACAUCUGCUGUUGCAAUGCUUGAAUAGCUAAUGGUUCUUUUGUUGCAGAUU